AUGACAAGCACUAUCAGAUACGUCGAGCUUCCUCCCGAGCUUGAAUGGGUUAUUGUCGAAUAUGCGGCACGCAUCCACCCGGAGACCGCUUACACGCUCGCCCUGGUCGCACCUCGCUUCAAGACUUGGAUCGACACGCUCCUCUAUAGUUCCCUUGUGCUCGACUAUCCACUCACACGCCCCACCCUCCUCCUUCGGACAAUCACGGACCGCGACCCCGACUUCAUCGCCCGCACCGUCAAGCGCAUCUACAUCACCACCUCCGUCGCAUACGCGGAUGCCGCCCGUGCGCUCGCCGCAUGCAGCGGUGUCACCGACAUCACCUGCUGGACGCGGCCUGCGCCCGAGUUUCCGGGCUCGGGCCGCGUGAAGCGACUUUCCUUCGACGCGUCCUCACUUUUGUUCGCGCCGAAGACCCUUCCCGCCCUGACGCACCUCGACCUCGUCAACCCGCCGCCAGGGACGACUAUGGAAAGCUGGAUGGCCCUUUUCGCCGGCCUGCCCGCGCUCACGCAUGUCGCCUUCGGGAACCUGUACGCGCAGGAGCCCGUCGAUCACCGGCCUCUGAUCCCCCUAUUCCUCGCUCUGCUUUCUGGCGAGACGGGGCACGAUCUCAAGAUGCUCGUCGCCGUCUCGGACGACGAAGACUUCGUGCCCUUUUUGCACGAAGAGGUAGACGACCCUAGGGCCGUCGUUAUGCCUCGAUUUAACUAUCCGAGGACCUUGGCGGAAUAUUGGCAGGAUGUGCAGACUGGCGGGCUGGACUUUUGGGGCGUUGCUGAGCGCUUGCCUGUAAAGCAGCUGGAAGCUUGA